AUGGCCGACGACGUCCUCGAGUCGCUCCGCACGGCCACACAGCUGUCGCUCGCCGACCUGCGCGACCUGCAGGCACUCGCCUCGAGUUCCCCUCGAUACGGCUCAUCCGAGGACGAGCAGCUCGCCUACAACCUCUGGAAGGAGGAGUUGGAGCGCUUCACGGUUACUCUUGCGGACAGGCAAGUCGCGCAAGACUUGCAGACGGCGCUCCGGACGGGCCAGACACUCGAGCAGAGGGAACAGCGCAGCGCCAGGCUUGCUGCAACUGCGCACCCGUACCGCCGCAAGACACCCGACUCCGCGUCGACUUCCGCUGUCCCUUCGACUGUCCCGCUCGCCUCUACCUCCGGAGCCCUCGGUCACGCUCAGAGGCUUGUCUCUUCGACGCCGUAUUGCAUCUCGUGCGCGGACGAAGUCAAUGGCGACGCCGCGAAGGCAACCUGCGGCCACUUGUUCUGCCGUCCUUGCCUCGUCCGCCUCUUCCGCCUUGCCACGCGCGACGAGUCCCUCUUCCCACCUUCUUGCUGCAAGACUCCUAUCCCUAGCACCCUCGCCAUGCCUCUGCUCGACGUCGAAGACGGUAAGGCGUACAGGCGCGCGGUCCAAGAGUACAGCACACCCAGGCGUCUCUACUGCUCGAACGGCAAGUGCGCCGUGUGGCUCGGCGCACUACCAGCUUCGAAGCAGGAUGUUGCGUGCGGGAAGUGCGGAAGGGUGACUUGCUCGGCUUGCAAGGCGCCUGCUCACGAUGCCAAAGUCGCUUGCGCAGACGACCUAGACGGAGACGCCGCGCUCAAGCUUGCUGCUCAAGUCAACGGCGUUCGCUGCCCAAAGUGCCAUCGAGUCGUCGAGCGGAAUGGUGGUUGCCCGCACGUGACUGACCUCCAGAUCCCGGCGCCUGGCUGA